GGUGACGCUAGACGUUUGCGCGUGCGCAGUCGGUCGCUGUGGUGACACUGGAGAGAGGCAGCGAACAUGGCGGACGUUGAGGAGACUUUGAAGAGGAUCCAGAGUCAGAAAGGUGUGCAGGGAAUCAUCAUUGUUAACUCUGAAGGCAUUCCCAUUAAAAGCACGAUGGAUAACCCCAGCACGGUGCAGUACGCUGGCCUGAUGCACCAACUGGUAAUGAAGGCGCGUUCCUCGGUGAGAGACAUCGAUGCCCAGAACGAUCUGACCUUCCUCAGGAUCCGCUCCAAGAAAAACGAGAUCAUGGUCGCUCCAGAUAAAGACUACUUUCUAAUCGUCAUUCAGCAGCCGACAGAAUGAUGGAUUAACCCUUUCCUGAGCGAUGUUUGUAUUCUGAUCGUGCAGCCAUCAUUCCUUUAUUCUCCUGCCCCGCCGGAGCUCCCAAAACGUCCAUUAAACCGUUUACAAGCCUCCUCCGUGUACAUGUGACGCGACGCUCUGCAGGACCCACGUUAGCAGAGGAACGCAAUCGUCCUACGGACUCUUUAACCGCAUGUCUUAUCUCCCCUUCUGCUCGUAUCACUUGAACCCGCAACCCCCCUUAACAGGGAUGAUGAUGUAAUAAAUCACUACAUCUGUCUGAAUAUUCUAUAGGCGACCUCCCGGCGUGUCCACACUUUUAACAAUAUUUAUUCUGAUAAAACAUAACAAUUUAAUGAAAA